UUUAGCAGUUAGCAGUUUUGCUUAGUGCAUGUAAUAAGAACACCUCUCUCUCCCCCAAAACGAUAAUCACGACAAGAAAGCGCUUUCUCUUCCAUUCAUAGCUCUUCUCCUUUGAGUUUACCAUUAAAAAUCUGUUCUUGCGAUACUUUUCAUAGGUGGGAGAAGAGCCAAUGCAGAAAGAUACAAAGAGUAAAUGCACUUCUUCAUCGCAUCAUCUCUUGCUAGACAAUGCAAAGAAUAGGCUCAAUGAUCUUCAAGAAAGGUUCUUCAACCUUCAAGCUGCAAGAAAGGAGGGUCGCGUCAGUGAUGUUGCGAUAUUGGAGGAGCAGGUGUAUCAAAGUCUCCGUGAGUGGAAAGCUGAUCUCGAUGCACCUUCCCCAGCAUCUUCUGUGCUUGGUGGUAGCCUCGGGACUUUCUCAGAUGAUGUAGGCCGCCUUUUGCAAUUGUGUGAGGAGGAAGAUGAUGCCACUAGUGUAUUGGCAGAACAGUCAGUUCCAAAGCCUGAGCCUACUGCUCAAAAUCUUAAUACUGGCCAUUUCACAGCAUUUGAAGAUGGCUACUUACCAGGCAGUGACACUCAGAUCCAUAAUUUUCACGGGUUUGAUCAAUCCAACAGCGCCUCCUUAGCUUUGCAGAAUAUAGUGGUUAACACCUCUGACAUGAAUACCUUUCUGGAUUGUCAUCAGUUCAUUUUGGAUGAAGGAUUCAACCAGGGGCUUUCCUUUGGUAAUAGUGAUAGUAAAAAGUUUGGCAGGAGUGCUGAGAUUAUCAACCAGCCCAUCAAUCCCCGUCCUUCUGCUUUCAUGGGACCACAAUGUGCACUCUGGGACUGCACCCGGCCUGCUCAAGGAUCUGAAUGGUUUGAAGACUAUUGUAGCAGCUUUCAUGCUACUCUGGCCUUGAAUGAAGGUCCACCCGGUAUGACUCCAGUUUUGCGGCCCAGGGGUAUUAGUUUGAAGGAUAAUUUAUUGUUUAAUGCUCUUAGUGCAAAGAAACAGGGCAAGAAUGUAGGUAUUCCUCAUUGUGAAGGAGGUGCUAGUAUGAAAUCUCCAUGGAAUGCUACUGAGCUAUUUGAUCUUUGCUUGCUUGAUGGUGAAACAAUUAGAGAAUGGCUCUUUUUUGAUAAGCCUAGAAGGGCAUUUGAAAGUGGAAGCAGGAAGCAGAGGUCAUUGCCAGACUACAGUGGACGUGGUUGGCAUGAAUCCAGGAAGCAAGUGAUUAAGGAGUUUGGUGGGCAAAAGAGGUCCUAUUAUAUGGAUCCACAGCCUCCAGGCUGCUAUGAGUGGCAUUUAUAUGAAUAUGAGGUCAAUAACUACGAUGACUGUGCAUUAUAUAGGUUGGAACUCAAGUUGGUUGAUGAAAAGAAGACUCAAAGAGGUAAAGUUAUGAAGGAUUCACUUGCUGAUCUGCAAAAGAAGAUGGGAAAGCUCACCGCUGAUAAUACAGGAGAUAGCAGUCCCUCUACUGAGGGCAGGACAAAGGUUGACAAAAAAGCUAAUGCUGAAGAUGUUGAUCCUUCUCAAGAUCGCAAGACUUCUGGUGCUGGAUCCUGAGGCCAUGAUUCCAUGCAAUCAUCUUCCAAGUGGAUUUGAUUGACUAUCAUGUUCAUCAUGGAGCUUGCUUGAAUGUGGAAACUAACAGCAUUUUAUCACAGUACGCUGCUGCUGAAUUUGUUGAAGAUAAUUAAGUUGCUAAUCCAUUGUCUUAUGGUCAUUAAUAGCUUCACUUUACAAUAGUUUUGGGAAUGAAGUUGAAUACCAGAUGGCUGCUGAAAGUGUAUAGUGGAAAGUACCAAUGUUAAUAACUUUUGACAUCAUGGCCGGAUAUUUGAGAAUAUGUUAAAAUACCUUUAUGCAGGCAAACUUCGACAUUGUCCUGUUAAAAGAAGUUUUUGAA